GGACAAGAAUGUGAACCUAGUUACUGCUGCUAUGGAAGCAACAAUGGCUUGACAAUCAACAAAAUAAUCAUCUCUCAAAAUUUGAAAACCUAAUUUCAGACUCCACCUUUCUCUAAAUUCACCAGCAUUUUUGACCUCAUUUGAAAUGGAUGACAUUCGAGCACUUGCAAAUAAACUGGGGGAAGCAGUCAAAAAUGACCCGUUGUCUUGCUGCUGUGUGCCGUACCAGCAGAACCUGCCGCCGCCAGCGCGUCUGGACUCGGCGCCGUCGAGCAAGAGGCUGCCGCUGUACCCCACCGGCCAGAGGAUCAUGGGGCAGCUGCACGUGAACCUGGAGCUGUACCCCGGGCCGUGCCGCCCCGUCCCCCAGAUCAAGGCCGAGCUCCGCGGCGGCAAGCACUACCCCGUCUGCAGCUGCAUCAAGCGCAACGGCCUGCAGGACUCGUGCCUGUCCUGGCGGUGCAUGGUGCCCAUGAGCAAGAAGGGCUGCAGGGCGCUGCCCUUCCCGACGUGCGGCCUGGGCAAGCGGCAGCUCGCCAAGUACGAGGCGCUGCCCGACCGCACCCCGGAGUACUGUGGCUACGACAAACCGCCCCUGUGCUGCCCGCCCUGCGUGCCCUCCUCGCCGGCUUCGCCCUCGCCCCUCAAGGCCCUCACCUACAACUAGCAGCCCAAGGCAGUGCCCAGGACACCUGUUGCCCCCCCCCCCUCUGCCGCCUCACUGGUUACCAUGGAAACAUCGCUGCGCGUGUAGGGCCCAACUCACUACACCAACAAAACUUUUCGGCCAAGCCUAAGUCUAAAUUCACGACCCGGACCUAACACCGCAGCAAGAAUGGCCGACAACCGCGCUGCGUUGGUGCAGAAGCUGCGAGACCUGGCCAACGUGCUGGACGCCAGCCCCAUGAGCAACGUGUGCAUCCCGGACUGCACCGUCAACGCGCCGCCCCUGGCCGCCAUCGCCAACGCCUGCACCUGCCCG